AUGGUAUGGAUUGAAAUUGAAGAGGAGCAGGAGGAUUACUUCCUAUCUGAGGAGAGUCUUAUCCGCACCAUAUCUAUCCAAGAUGACAACGAGAUUGAGCAGUCUGGGCAACAUGAUGAUGAAUUGGACGAAGAAUCCGACGCCGACGAUGCGCGUAGUCAUGGUCCUGCGACAAGCGUGGAGAAACGCAGAGCGCAGAACAGUAUCAUGAAAGCCUUUGCUACUAAUAUCAGUGCAGUCUUGACCCAGCGAGAGGUUGAAGAUGCAGCUGCGAAAAGCGCUAAAGAAGAGCAGCUCUCGAUUCGCGAUAUUCUUGCGAAUCAAGAAACAACAGUCCGUAUCACCAAUCCGCGUGACUACCAGACUGAGCUGUUCCAAAGAGCAAAGUCUGAAAAUGUGAUCGCAGUACUGGAUACCGGGUCCGGGAAAACACACAUUGCAACUCUUCUAUUGCGACAUGUCCUGGACACAGAGCUUGACCACCGGGUGAGAGGCGGCAUUCCAAAGAUGGCCUUCUUUCUUGUCGAUUCAGUCAACCUCGUUUUCCAACAAGCAAACGUCCUGCGCUGUGGUCUCGACCAAAAUGUCGAAGGAAUAUGUGGUUCAAUGGGCGCGUCAUUAUGGUCAAAAUCGACUUGGCAGAGCCACUUUGAUAAGAACAUGGUCAUAGUCUGCACGGCAGAAGUCCUCGUUCAAUGCAUGAUGCAUUCUUUCAUUACCAUGUCCCAGAUCAAUCUUCUCAUCUUCGAUGAGGCUCACCAUGCCAAAAGCAACCACCCUUAUGCCCGUCUGAUGAAGGACUAUUACCUCCAAGAGACAGACGUCUCUCAACGGCCCCGCAUUUUCGGUAUGACGGCCUCUCCUGUUGAUACUAAGGGGCUGUCAGCAGAUCACAUCAAAGAGGCUGCCGGGAAUCUAGAGAAGCUGCUUCAUUCCAAGAUUGCCACCACUGCCGAGAGCACACUCGCUUCAAACAGCAUCAGUCGACCAGAUGAAGAAGUCGCAAUGUAUCCCCGCUUGCAGGAAGAGCAUGAGACGCCAUUACAUCAAAAGAUCAAAGCCAGAUUUGGAGACAUAAGCGCAUUUGACAAGUACUUUCUCGCAUCAAAGCGCCAUGGUAGAGAACUUGGACGCUGGGCUUCUGAUAUGUACUGGUCUUUCGUCUUUACCGACGAGCAGAGUCGCAAAUUGGAGCAGCGAGAACGUCUCAAGCACUCCAAAAAUCGGCCGGAUGAAGUCAAAGAGUGGGAUGCCAAGGUGAAGCGCUUGCAAGAGGCAGCCGAGUUUGUUCAACAAUUCAAUUUCGGCGCGUGUACUCUGAGUGACCAGGAUGUGAGCUCCAAAGUCCAGAAACUCCAUUACUGGCUCAACCUGUAUUACGAACGCAGCGAUGAGGCUCGAUGCAUCGUCUUCGUCGAACAGCGACAGACAGCGCGGUUGCUACAACUUAUUUUCUCGCAGAUUGGUGGCCCGCAUCUCCGGUGUAGUGUACUGGUUGGUGUCAACACCCGUGAGCAUGAGCAAAACAUAUCUCUCCGCAAUCAGAUUCUCACUGUGGCCAAGUUUCGACGUGGAGAGCUGAAUUGCCUCUUUGCCACUUCUGUCGCUGAGGAAGGCCUUGACAUCCCUCAAUGCAACUUGGUCGUCAGAUUCGAUCUCUAUCGUACUAUGAUUGCAUAUGUACAGUCCCGUGGCCGCGCAAGGCAUCGGAAUUCGAAGUAUCUGCAUAUGAUUGAAGAAGGCAACCAUGAUCACCGCGAGCGAGUUAUGGACGUCAAACUUGAUGAGCAAGUCAUGAGGCGGUUCUGCAGAGAACUUCCGCAAGACCGUCACAUUGAUGAAUACGACAAUGAACGCAUGGAUCUUUUGACAUUCGAGGAUCAGUUGUAUCCGAGCUUCAUCACCAAACUCGGUGCGAAACUCUCAUUUCGUUCUAGCUUGGCUAUUCUCAAUCACUUCGUCGCAACCCUGCCGGGACCUGACAGACAAACUAUGCUACAGCCCACAUACGUGGUCUGUCCUGAUCUCAACUACGACGGUCUAGGUCCUCAACGAAGAGGCUUCGUGUCGGAAGUGAUACUCCCAGAACACUCACCGGUCAACACAACCAUUGGUGAUGUGCAGAGCAAAAAGGCAAUCGCCAAGUGUUCGGCAGCAUACAAGGCGUGUCUAGAACUCUACAAAAAGGGUUUCUUAGAUGACAACCUACUACCAACAACCAUCAAGCGAUUACCAGCUGGAAGGAACGCCUUACUAGCACUCGGUGAGAAGAAGAAGGGUAAGUAUCUUAUGCUCAUCAAACCAGAUUUUUGGCAAGUAGGAAGGGGUUUGGUCCCUGCCAGUCUCUUUCUUACGAUUGUUGAUCUUGAUGCUGGUCUUGACCGGCCUUAUCAACCUCUGGGCUUCCUUACCCGGAAUCAACUCCCGAGAUUGCCAAAAUUUCCAAUCUACCUCACGGAUGGCAGACCUUCCAACAUUGUUUCCCGAUCUUCUAUGGUAUCGCUUCCUGUGUCGGCAGAGAUGCUGGAAAUAGUUACAGUGUGCACCUUGCGCAUAUACAAAGACAUAUACAACAAGGAGUUCGAAAAAAAUGUUCAGAACAUGUCUUACUGGGUUGUUCCCGUACAUCCGGAUCGAGCAUCUUCUUUGUCCUCCGUGACUACCCUAGACCAGAUUUUGGAUAUGGAUCAAUUGCGCAGAGUUUUCCACGAACCAACAUGGAGAUGGACGCCGGAGACUAAGGCCGAGGAUCUGAUAAAUCGUUAUUUUGUAGAUCCAGGUAAUGGAGGUCGACGCUACUACUCGGAACGUUUUGCUCCUCAUCUCAAGCCACAAGAUCCCGUCCCGAAAGGUCUUGCUCGCCAAGGUCACAAGUUCAUGAGCAGUAUUCUAGACUAUAGCGAUAGCACAUGGACGAGAAGCAGGAACAUCUUGAAAUGGAACCAGUCUCAACCUGUCCUUCAAGCCGAAAAGAUUCCCCUGCGCCGAAAUCAGCUUGCACGUAUCGAGGAAAAGGAAAAGGGAGAGUUCGUCAACCUCAAGGCGUACAUUUGUCCAGAGCCUUUCCAGAUAUCCAAUCUCGCGACACCCUUCGUAGUCAUGUGCUACGUGCUACCGGCCAUCAUCCACCGCUUCGAGAGCUAUCUUAUUGCAUUGGAAGCUUGUAACGUCCUGGAUCUCAAAGUCAAUCCAGCGCUUGCCUUGGAGGCUUUGACGAAGGAUUCUGAAAACUCGGAAGAGCACGACGAAGAGAAAAUCAAUUUCAAAAGUGGUAUGGGCCCAAAUUACGAACGUUUGGAGUUCCUAGGUGAUUGCUUCUUGAAGAUGGCGACGUCACUUUCCGUCUUUGUCCAGCAGCCAGAUGAAAACGAAUUUGAAUUUCAUGUUCGACGUAUGGAGAUGCUGUGUAAUAAGAAUCUCAUGGAAACAGCAGUGGGAACGAAGAAAGUUCUUUCUGCAGAAGGCAAAGAGAGGGAUCUGCAACUUUACAAAUAUAUUCGCACAGAAUCUUUCUCUCGUCGUACAUGGUAUCCUGAAGGCCUAAAAUUGCUAAAGGGCAAGGGUGCGAACAAAUCCCAGGACGACUGGCUCAAGCUUACACACAACCUGGGAGACAAGAGCAUCGCCGACGUAUGUGAAGCCUUCAUCGGCGCAGCCUUACAAGAACAUUACACAGGGGGCCGAUGGAGACCCACUGAUUGGGACGAAGCGGUAAAGGCAGUAAAGCUCUUUGCCAACAGCCCGGACCAUACAAUGUCAAAGUGGUCAGACUACUAUGAUGCAUAUCAAAAGCCAAAGUACCAGACUGUGGAGGCUAGCGCAGCGAUGCUUGACAUGGCUCGAAAGAUCGAGAUGAAGCAUCCUUACCACUUCAAGUACCCUCGCCUCCUUCGAUCGGCGUUCGCCCAUCCUUCAUACCCCUACAUGUACGAGAGUAUACCCAAUUACCAACGACUUGAAUUUGCUGGGGAUGCACUUCUCGAUAUGGCGUUCAUCACGCAUCUCUACUUCAAGUACCCAGAUAAGGACCCGCAUUGGCUCACCGAACACAAGACACCAAUGGUAUCCAACAAGUUCCUCAGCGCUGUAUGCGUCAAGCUAGGCUGGCACGUCCACAUCAAGCAAAAUACCGCCACACUAACCAACCAGAUCCGCGACUACGUCCUGGAAGCUGAAGAAGCCGAGCGAGAAGCCGGCGGCGCAGUUGACUACUGGGUCACCAUCAGCGAGCCGCCGAAGUGCCUCGCCGACGUCAUUGAAGCCUACGUCGCCAGCAUCUUCGUCGACGCCGAGUUCGACUUUGGCGUCGUCCAGACCUUUUUCGAAAUGCACCUCAAGCCUUUCUUCGUCGAUAUGGAGCUCGAUUCGUACGAGAACUUUGCCUCGAACCAUCCUACUACGCGACUUAGUCGCCUGCUCACUAUUAACUUUGGAUGUAGUGACUGGCGUAUGGGCGCUCUGGAAACGGAAACUGUCAUCCCUGGUAAAGGAAAGGCGAUUGUAGCUAUGGUUUUGAUUCACGGUAAAGUGCAUUUUUACUCGUUGGGGCAGAGUGGGAGGUAUGCGCGGGUUAGGGCUAGUCAGGCUGCAUUGGAAAAGUUGGAGGGAUUGCCGCCGUUUCAGUUUCGUAAUGUGUAUGGAUGCAAUUGUGUGGAUGAGGAAGUGGAUGGAGAGGGAUCGAAAACAAAGGAAGAGCAGAUGAGGGAGGCGAUGGGAUUGAGUAUUUAG